UGUGCCCGACAAGAGAGCGAUUAUUCGGGGCAUUUUAAUUUGUUUGUAACAGACUUUAAAAGGAGAAAAAACUGCACUUUUUUCAUUUUUUUAUUUUUAUUUAUUUAUUUUUAUUUUUAGACUUUUUCCAUAAAGGCUUGCUUUUUUAAAAAAAUUUUUUAACCCAAAUUAAACAUGCUACUGUGCUUCGCCCUAUAAGCAUCCUAGGAGCUUGUGCUUGCCAAUCAAUUGGAACAGUGAAACAGAGCCACAGCCUGCGCAGGAGUGGAGACCUUCAGUCUCGCUUUAUUUCUGGAUACCGAGGGACCUCUCUACCAUGUCAUAUCCACAAUUUGGAUAUCCAUACUCGUCUGCUCCACAAUUCCUGAUGACAACCAACUCUCUUACCACUUGCUGCGAGUCCACGGGUAGAUCCAUAGCGGACUCCGGGGUAGCGGCGUCUGGACAGACACCUGUCUACUGUCCCGUGUAUGAGAGCCGGCUGCUGGCCACGGCGAGGCAUGAACUGAGCUCCGCGGCCGCGCUAGGCGUGUACGGCAGCCCCUACACCGGCGGUCAGGGCUAUGGAAAUUAUGUUACAUACGGGACAGACGCGUCGGCUUUCUACUCGCUGGGUACUUUUGAUACUAAAGAUGCUGCAGCUUCUGCGCAUGCGGGAAUCACACAAGCCACUGCUUACUACCCUUAUGAUCCUACCUUGGGACAGUACCAAUAUGACAGAUAUGGUUCUAUGGAUGGGGGGACAAGGCGAAAGAACGCUACCCGUGAGACCACCAGCACCCUGAAGGCCUGGCUGCAAGAACACAGGAAGAACCCGUACCCGACCAAAGGGGAGAAGAUCAUGCUGGCCAUCAUCACCAAGAUGACCCUGACACAGGUCUCCACCUGGUUCGCGAAUGCCCGCAGGAGGCUGAAGAAGGAGAACAAGAUGACGUGGCCGCCCAGAAACAAGGGCUCAGAGGAGAAGAGAUAUGAUGAGGAUGAGGAGGGGUCUCAGGAGGGGCAGAUAAAAAGCGAGAAUACCGAUGAUGACACCAGAAGUCGAGCUGAUAAGGAACUCCAGCUGAGCGACCUGGACGAUUUUGACACGCUCGAGUCUGAAAGCUCUGAGUGUGAGAUGAAGCAUCGGUACCACAUGAACACGCACAUGUCGACGACAAGCGACUGCUCCGCCGAGCACCUCAUUAAGAACGCGUCUCUGAAGAUCUCCGUUCCGGUGCCUCUCGGCGGGGAGCAGGACUUGGGUAAAACCUGCAUCAAAACGAGUCCGGAGGACUUCCAGCCGGACAGCAUGCAGCAGCAGCAGCAGCAGGCAAAGUCGUGCUACACUCAGCAGCAGCAGGGUCACCAAUUAUUAGACGGCAAGCCUCGAAUCUGGUCUUUGGCACAGACAGCAACGUCCCUGAACCAGACUGAAUAUCCGUCCUGCAUGCUGAGGUGCCAGGCGCCUCCCUCCUCACUCACCCAGUCCCCCGCCGCCACUUCCCCCGUAACCGUCCUGGACAACCGGCAGGACUCGCCGGUCACCACGCUGAGGAACUGGGUGGACGGGGUUUUCCACGACCCCCUGUUCAGGCACAGCACUUUGAGCCAGGCUCUGACCAAUACGACCGUCUCCUGGACCACGAACACCAAAGGCAGCGUGCUGGAGGCGGAGAGGAGUGCGGCGGCCUUGCAGCAGCACCAAGACCCGCCCAAAGACAGUGCCAUGAGUUUCCCAAAAACUAUCAACAAGCUUUUUUGCUCCUAACGUAACUAACUCACAGAUAAAGACUUCUUUUCGGACUAAAACAAAAAAAAAACAAAAAAAAAACGAGGUGGAUAAGCCUGUUAAGUCUCCACGAUUCCUUUAUGUUUUAUUAUUUUUACCUGUAUUCAUAAACUGUUACAGACGUAAAACAUCCGGAUCAGUUUGAUUCAUUUAAACCAACGCACGCACAGAAUUAAAUAAUAAUUAAUGAAAAAAUGUAUAAAUAACAGUUUACAACUCGAAGGGGAAACAAAAAAGUAGGCCUGCGAUUAUUAUUAUUAUUUAUUUUUUUCAAGAUCUCUUUUACUAUGAGCAUGCAAAUGUUAUUAAUUAAGCAUAAUUUAAGUCUCAGCAGAUGAGAAUCACUAUUAAAAAAAAAGAAGAAGAAAAAAAAGUCUCACAUAUGCACUGCUCUCUCUGAAGAAGUGAAUGAGAGCGUUUCGACUUUGUUCACUGAAAAUAAAAGCAGUCGCUUUCUGAAGAAGAGCUUGUCAUGUCGGGUUAAUGCUGAGAGUUGCUGUCCAGGGUGCUGAAGACGCCCUUUACUGUAGAAAACGACGUCUUCCACAUGCGUCUCGCUUAAAAAUACAUUUUACAAGCCAUUCAAUUUCUAAUCCUUCCAAUUCAGACACCUUUCUUUUACUGUCACGUUUAAGGAAAACAUCAAUUUCUAUUUAAUGACAGCUUGUAAAUAAAGCAGCUCAAAGCACGAGGCAGGCCAAUGUCUGUAUCUAAGAUCUGCCUCAUUAAUUCCCUCUAAACAGCCUGUAAUUGGGAUGUUUGCAGUCAUAUUUCAUGUCAAGCUAUUGAUUUCCUCCCUCACCUCUCUUCCCUCUCUGAUAAUAUUAUUGAAACAGUUCAGCAUAUCAUCCACCACGGGGCUGUCAAAGGGAUAAGGUAUUCUACUAACAGCUUCAAACGGAAGAGGAAAUCAUUUAAAGAGAUGAAUUUUUGUUCAUGUUCUGCAGAGUCUGUAUGGGGCCCCAAACACAAUUUGAUUUGAUUUCUCCAACUACCACCACUCUCCACAUUCAAGUAAUAACCCCUGAUUGCAUUCCCCCUCCCCAAGUACGUUUUAGCAAAUUAUAACUAAUUUUGUGAUUCUUUCCUGGCCCAUGACGACAAGGCCGGGGAGAUCGUGUGGACUGUGUCAGAGCUUAACUCGAUUAUUCCAAACCGAACAGAAUUAAAAAAAAAUAAAUAAAUAUCAGAGUCGUGGUUUGUGUGUUUUGGUCGUUAGUGGGAGAUCGUUAGAAUGGCUCCCUGUGAGGCUCACCCAGGGCACCAUUUGUGCAACAACCGCCACUGUCAUACUUUCAGCUGAACACUUUUAACUGAUUUCCAUAUAAACAUUUUAAACAACAGGAGCAUUUCCACAUCAAACAACGGAGGGAAAAAAAAUACAUUUGUUAACAUGAUUCAUGCAACAAUUUUAGCGCCUGUAAUGCCAUCCCUGUUGGUUUUGGAGCUUUAAGCAGGUUUUUCUUUGGCUUCAAGAUGAGGUUCUGCCAUGUCCAUACUGCCAUUUUUCAAGAGGAAGGACCCCAUAAAGAAAAAAACAAACAAACAAACAAAAAAAAAGAAUAAAAUAAAAA